AUGGCAAAGGUGGUCCUCUGCAGCACGGGCAUGUCCCGAUCUGAGCGGGACGCGCUCGAGGCCUCCGCCGCCCUCCUCCCCGCCGUGUCGUACCGCGGCGACCUCACCUCGGCCACCACGCACCUUCUCGCACGGCGCGGCGCGAGCGAGAGCGCAAAGUCCGCGUGCGCGGCGGAGCGCGGCCUCCCGAUCGUCGCGCCGGAGUGGCUGCACGACAGCGCGCGCGAGGGCGUCCUCCUUCCUCUCCUCGCCCGCUACCUUCUCCCGCGCCCGGCCGCCGCCAGCCCGGCAGACAGGCUCGGUCAGCUCGCGCCGCCGCACGCGCCGCCGCAACGGCGGCCGCUCGCCAGCCGACCCGAGCCGAACCGCGCCGCCGCAGCCGCCGGCCCGUGGUGCUCUGCCGGCAAGCCACUCUUCCGUUCGAGGGAGGACAGCGCCGCGCGCGUGCUCGUGCCGCUUUGUGCGCCGUCUGUCUGUGUAGUGGUGCCGUUCUCUGUCGAGUAG